UGGGAAAUGAAAAGUCGUUACUUUACUCCAAAUGAGGUUUUAGCGCAUAAUUCACCUGAGGACUGUUGGGUUUCGUUUCUUGGGCGUGUUUACGAUCUCACACCGAUUUGCGCACAGAAUAAGGGAAGCGUACUUCUCCGACCAAUCUUAAAUGAAGCUGGUAGAGAUAUAUCCCACUGGUUUGAUGCACAAACUGGAGACGUUCGGUACCAUGUUGACCCAAUUACUAACUGUCAUGUUCCUUACACACCCUUUGGCCGAUUUGUUCACAUUCCUCCACCCUAUCCAGUGACAGACUGGGCUACAGAUUUUGGCAUACCUUGGUGGAAGGACGAACGACUAAUAGUUGGAAACUUAACUAAGAAGACGAGAUUUGUACGUAUUUUCAACACACUUUCGCUAGAAAAACAUGAGGUUGAGGUUUGCUCUGAAGAGACUAUAACUGACAUACUUGUUCGCUAUCUAAAAUUUAAUUCACAUGCUGCCUCGUACACAUGGAAGUAUGAUGAUACUGUACUAGAUAUGGAGAAAACUCUUGAAGAGAAUAAUAUCAAGGAAGAAAUCCAAGAUAUUGAAGAUUCAUUUAUGCCACAAAUAUAUCUUUAUUAUAAUGCCGAUUUGACUGAAGCUUAACUAAUCAAUGGGGCAAAAGUAUCAUUCGUGAUCGCACAUUUAUUUGUAUGCAACAAAUAUACAGAUUGUUGUUUACUUGAAAGUAUAUUUCUUUAAGAAUUCACAUUUAAGAUCGAAAAAUCACUUAGUCGAG